GGAGACGCUUUUACAACGCGCAUGGAAAAUAAGUUCAUUAAGAGGACAGCUCAUGCAUGCGUAUUCGCAAUUGGUGCCAUUUUACAGCGUAAAAAAUAAGAAAGCAUGGCGAAUCAGAGAUAGACACAUGUACAGGUGGAGACACAAAAGAGCCAUCGGUGUCCUUAUCAUCAAUACAUCCUGAAAGGGGUAUAAGAGGGUCUGCAAUCACUCCUGGAUGGACUAGAAGGACUACAGGCACAUGCAGGCACAUUCAAACAGGAACCAAAGAGAAAAGUUGCGCUCUCAAUCCAUGCAAACUUUUCUGAGGAGACGCACAGCGCGUGAAACGCACGAAAAGGGAAAUGACAAGUAGUUAUAAUUUAUAAAAAAGCUGAAAGGGGAGUACAGAAAACGUCUUGAAGAAAAAUUUGAAGAACCCUGGACUUCUGAGAGCUGAAUUGAGCAAAGCGUUCUCCCAUGAGGCUGGAAGGUGCCAGAAUGGACUUAAUCAAAAAAAUAUGGACGGCUCGGAAACUCAUUCUCGUGGUCAUGAUUCCUUUAUCGCUGCUGCCUCUGCCUCUCAUCCACCCGUGCAGUGAAUCAUCAUGUGCGUAUGUCCUGAUCGUGACAGCGGUAUAUUGGGUAUCUGAAGCUGUGCCGCUGGGAGCUGCUGCUCUCGUCCCGGCCUUCCUGUACCCGCUGUUUGGGGUCCUCAAAUCCAGUGAGGUGGCCUCUGAAUAUUUUAAGGACACCACGCUGCUGCUGAUGGGGGUCAUCUGUCUGGCCGCCUCCAUUGAGAAGUGGAACCUGCAUAAACGCAUCGCUCUGCGGAUGGUCAUGAUCGCCGGGGCCAAACCUGGCAUGCUGGUUUUGGGGUUCAUGUGCUGCACGGUUUUUCUCUCUAUGUGGCUGAGCAACACGUCCACCACGGCCAUGGUGAUGCCCAUCGCUGAAGCCGUGCUGCAGCAGCUCAUCUGCACCGGCAUCGCCGACUCCCUCGAAGACUCGGUGACUGUAGAUACACAGGACGAGGAGAGCGACAAAGAGGAAAACCAAGAACCAAGCAAGAAUCACCUUGAGCUGCUGGACCGCAAACACAAUGAAAAACAUGAAGUCUGUAUGCUGAAUGAGGAGUUGAAUGGUCUGACAUUAAAGCCUGGUUUCGGUCCAGAAUUUUCUAAAGAAUCAAAUGGAUACCUGCCAGAGGCUCCAAUUAGCAUCCCUGCUCCACCAAAGAAACCCCAAAUCCGGCGGGAUUCGCAGUACCCCACCAAUAGAGACCACAUGAUCUGCAAGUGCCUGUCUCUGAGCAUCACGUACGCAGCCACCAUCGGCGGCCUCAUCACCAUCACCGGCACCUCCACCAACCUCAUCUUCGCCGAGCAAUUCAACAAUUGUAUGUCACUGGUUGAGAAGAAGGGCUACAGGACUGAUGCCACGGUGUCGGUGCUGCUCGGCUUCCUCCUCUUCCUCAUCCCGGCUCGAAAGCCCUGGACAUCUGCAUUCUCCAGCGAGAGCAAAGGUGAUGAUGACGAUGAGGAGGAAGAGGAUCCUCUGGCCCCCAUGAUCACGUGGAAAGACUUCCAGAGACUGAUGCCGUGGGAGAUUGUUAUUCUGGUGGGAGGAGGAUACGCACUGGCUGCCGGAUGCAAGGUGUCCGGUCUCUCCAUGUGGAUCGGUCGGCAGCUGGAGCCGAUGAGUGGUCUUCCUCCGUGGGCCGUGACGCUGCUGGCGUGUCUCCUGGUGUCCGCCGUCACCGAGUUCGCCAGCAACCCAGCCACGCUCACAGUGUUCCUGCCCAUCCUCUCGGCCCUGUCCGAGACGCUGCACAUCAACCCUCUGCACACACUCAUCCCUGCCACCAUGUGCGUGUCCUUCGGCGUCAUGCUGCCUGUUGGAAACCCGCCCAAUGCCAUUGUGUUCAGUUACGGACACGUGCAGAUCAGCGACAUGGUGAAGGCCGGGUUUGGAGUGAAUCUGAUCGGGGUUUUUGUGGUGAUGUUGGCCAUCAUGACGUGGGGCGAGCCGCUUUUCCACCUGAGCGAGUUUCCCACCUGGGCACUGAUGCGUAACGUCACGGGCAGCUUGUAGCUGUGUUUGAUUGAGGACACUGGAUAUACACUGAAGGAGGCACAUAUAUGCAAUUAAAGCCUUAUUUUUUAUUUUACAUCGGUGGAGUAAGAGGACGUCUGUCGGAGGAUGCAGAACUGCUCACUGUGACUGAAUGAUCGG